AUGAACAUUCGGAAGACUCGAUGCGAUGUUUCGGAGAAUUGGGAAGUUGUUGGGAUCGCUGUCGUCCGCAUCACUGUCGUCCGCAUCGUUGCCAUCAGAAUUGCCAUCCGAAUCGCCGUCACUCCAAUCGCCGUCGUCCCAGCCGUGAUGGCUUUCCCCCGAAUUACGAUCGUUCGAAUCGCUGUCGUCCGCAUCGUUGGAACAGAUGCAAAGGUCACGGCAAUACUGGCCCAGCCCGGAGUUCUCCUGGAGCGUUCGCUGUAG